AGCGAACCUCAUAAAACACACCUCCCUACGUAGACACCUACUGCUUAGGUAGCUAGACACAAACAAAGAUGCAACCUCGGUUUUCUGCUUUCCUAACAUCGUCCCCUCACUUUCAAAGCUGCCAUUGAAAUCCCCGUUUUUCUUAUAUUGAUAUAUAUUUUGAUUAUUGAAUAAGAUCGGAGCAUCUUUGCAUCUUUCAUUGUAAGCUUACGCUUUACAACAAUAUACGACGAUGGUUAAUUUCAGAAAAAUCGUUGUCUGCGCAUGCCUUCUCGCAACACCUACUAGUGCUUUGAGUCAAACUACGAACAACGAGAAUCCACCCGCCCAAGCACUUUCCUCUCUUGAUCAUGGAAGCGUUGGCUUCCAGCAAGGUGGCGUUGCAUUUACUGCAUUUACUGCCAGUUUUCAAAAACAUGCUACAGCGCUAAAGAAGUCGACGGAAGCAAUCUACGCACAAGUGCCUUCAGGGAUCCGGGGUAACGUUGAGAAGGUGCAUACUCAAGUCAUGGGAACAAUUACCUCCUCUGAAGUCAUUGGGUUUCAUAAACUCGCCGCAGAGUGGAUUACUGGUGUCAUGAACGCCUUCAAGAAACAUGGUAUCGCGCUUAAAGAGACUGCAGAAGCAACCUAUACACAACUUCCGCUUGAAUUCCGUGAUGAGGUCAAAAAGGCGCAUGCUAAAAUCUAUGAAAUUGAAUGGAAAGAUUUACCAGUUGAUAUUCAGGACUAUAUUCGGGAGCAUCCAUGGCAGUCGGCCUUUUACGUUGUGAACGGAGUCGUAUUCUUUGCUCCAGCUAUAUCUAGUGGUCCAAUUCUUUGGGCCUUAGGAUACGCAGGCAAAGGAGAAAGGGCUGGUAAGUGAGGAAUCUCAAAAGGCUUAUGGUGCUAAUUUUCUCAACAGCUUCAUUUGCAUCGAUGUUACACAGCAAGUUUGGCGUGGUUGUCGCAAAGAACGCGCGUGCUUAUCUUCAGAGUGCCGGUAUGGGAGGCUAUGGGCUUGGUGCUGUGAAUAUGGUGGCAAGACUUAGUGGUGCUGCGGGCAUUGUUGGUGGCCUCGUGGGAUGGAAAGUUGCUGCUAGGAAUGGCACUACGGAGCUUUGAGCGUCAUGUUCUCGACAUCUUAAGGGACUUGAACCUUAUAAUUCAGGUAUAGGAGAUCAUAUGAAGCAGAUAGCGUCGUUUUUAAUGAACCAUCGGUUUACAUCACGUUACGUUUCAGACACCUCAUUCACGAACUUUAUUCUUUAUGUUAUACUUCUAGUCAACUGAUGGUACAAGACUGCCACAAGCCAAAGCAAGUAGCUGUGUAGCAACCGAGCUGUGGUUGAUUGAGGUUAUAAAUU